AUGGGGUAUCCAACGGGCAAAGGUGGCAAGGCUGGCUUCGGAGCCUAUCCACAAAUCGGUGUCAACACCGAGCCGCUUCAGCACCGGCCGGUGCCUCAGCAGGACACACCUGUGAAGGUGGACGACGAUGACUGGAAAGCCCAGAUCCGGCGACCUCCUCCAGACCAACGAUUCAAGACAGAGGAUGUCACAAACACGAAGGGAAAUGAUUUUGAGGACUACUUCCUGAAGCGCGAGCUGCUGAUGGGUAUCUUCGAAAUGGGCUAUGAGAAGCCUUCCCCGAUCCAGGAAGAAAGCCUGCCGGUUGCCUUGGCGGGCAAAUCCAUUCUUGCUAGAGCAAAGAAUGGCACUGGGAAAACAGGGGCCUUUGUGAUCCCCAUCCUCGAGAAGUGCAACACCACGAAGAAUGCCAUCCAGGGGCUGAUCCUCGUCCCGACCAGGGAGUUGGCUCUGCAGACAUCUUCAGUGGUGAAAGAGAUAGGCAAGCACAUGAACGUCCAAUGCAUGGUCUCAACAGGCGGAACAAGCCUUCGAGAGGACAUUAUGCGGCUCUACAACGAGGUUCACAUUGUAGUGGCCACGCCUGGCCGCGUGCUUGACCUUGCAAACAAGAACGUUUGCAACCUGAAGCAAUGUCACAUGGUUGCCAUGGAUGAAGCCGACAAGCUCCUGUGCCCCGAAUUCCAGCCGAUCAUUGAAGACCUUAUCAAGUUUCUGCCGCCUGACAGGCAGAUCCUGAUGUACUCCGCAACUUUUCCCAUCACCAUCUUGGACUUCAAAAACCGGUUUAUGGCCGACGCGCACGAGAUCAAUUUGAUGGAAGAGCUGACCCUGAGAGGCGUCUCGCAAUUCUACGCCUUUGUGGAGGAGCGUCAGAAGGUUCACUGCCUGAACACGCUGUUCUCCAAGUUGCAGAUCAACCAAGCCAUCAUUUUCUGCAACUCUGUUACCCGCGUGGAGCUCUUGGCGAAGAAGAUCACAGAGCUAGGCUACUCGUGCUUCUUCAUCCACUCCCGCAUGUACCAGUCCCACAGAAAUCGAGUCUUCCAUGACUUUAGGAAUGGAGCUUGCAGGUGUUUGGUGUCCUCCGACCUUUUCACCCGCGGCAUCGACAUCCAGUCCGUGAACGUGGUGAUCAACUUUGACUUCCCCAAGAACUCUGAGACAUACUUGCACCGCAUCGGUCGCUCGGGUCGCUUUGGCCACUUAGGCUUGGGGAUCAACUUUGUGACCUACGAUGACCGCUUCAACCUCUACCGCAUUGAGAAGGAGCUGGGCACCGAGAUCCAGCCCAUCCCCCCCACCAUCGACCCCGCAACCUACACCUGA